AUGCCCAAUACGCAACAUGUGCAAUUAUCAGAACCUAAUCCUAUGGAUAAUUUGUCUACGCCAUCAAAAAGAGGUCAUCGCCAUCGCAGGUCAUUGGCCAUAUCAGGGGAUUUUGAUUUUUUGAACCAGUCUGCCACAAUUGCGAAUUUCCCACUUCCACAAUCACCUGAGAACUGCCCUGCAACCGCCCCUACUGCCACAUCGAGUAUGUUGUCACCAACACGCUACAACAGAUUUCCCUUCAAAACCAAUGAAGAUGCUGGAACGCUAGAUUUACCUGAACCAAGGUUUUAUCCGCUAUCACCAGGAGACAAUUUGCAGACUCCGAGUCCUCGGUUUUUUAUAAGUGAAGAACCAAGUUUCUCAUCACCAGUUGAAGGCGUCCCUGACGCCAUUAUUAAUCUCGAUGAUGCGUUGAAGACAAGACCCAGGUCAUUCAAAUCUCACAGAAGAUCCGAAUCCGCUCCUCCUGACUUGCAGGUUAUGAUUGGUGAAGGUAACUGUGUAGCUAGCUCUAAUUCCAUGAUAAAAGAAGAAGAAGACUACCCGAUUGAUUCGGAAUCCAAAAAUGACACACCCAAUCAAGAACUACCGACGGAAUUACUAUCCCCACUGCGGCCUUCCUUUUGUACAUCUGAACAGGCUAUUGAAAUAGAUGAUUCAGCCCUAAAUGGAUCCCCAACGCAUUGUAAUCAUAGCAUGCAAAACUUUAAUGCCCACAAUUUCAACAAAUUCAAUUCAUUGAAAAUUAAAGGCCAAAAGCAAAGGUAUUAUCACUAUACAAAACAACUACCUUUAACUGCGAGUUCUGACACACAAUCCCCAAAAGAACAGAAGUCAGCCAUUUCAACAACUAUGAAUCAGACAAUGACACCUUCCUCUUUGGCCUACACUCCUUCAAAACUGGCGUUUACACCAGCAACACCAAUAUCUUUUUAUGAUAAUAAUAUAGAUAUCACUUUGAACAACGAAAAUUAUACCACUAACCUAAAAGACACGACUGAAAAUGUGAAAAAUAAUUACCCAAAAAAGAGUGGGAGUUCACAACUCAACCGUGGAUGGGAUACUGAGAAAAGGCAGGAUUUUAGCGGAGAGGCAAGAAGAAGAAGAUCAGGGAGCCCUAUUUCCCAUAUACAACACCGCAACUUAAUUGAUAAUAUGAAAGGUAGGCGAAAUAGUAACACGAUAAACUCGACAUUCAACUACAAGAGUAAAAUUUAUGACAUGCCUUAUGAUGACAUGAUGAAAAACGAUAACAAUAAUGGUCAAUCUCUACCGUUUUCGGUCACCGGCGCCAAUGAUGAAGGAUGUGCCGGAGAAAAUAUUUCGAAAGAUAGUUAUGUACCAUUGCAACACUCAUCAGUUAAAUCCUGCACGCCUGAUGGCAAGGAAGGAAUGCACGCAUUUGCAGGUGAUGAGAGCAACGAAUACGCUAAAUUUGAAGGACAAGUAAGGAUACAUUCACAGCUUAGUAAAGACAUUCUUUUGGGUGAACCAGGCGAUAUGGUUGAUUUGUCUUCAUUAGUAACCUCACCGAGAAAAGCUUCCAAUGAGACUGGAGAUUUGGCCUUCAAUUUAUCUCAAGAUGAUAAAUAUGAUGCCAAUAACACGCCAAAAACGAUCGGAGCGGGCAAUAGCGUAGCAACAAGUAAUGAAAGUCGAUGCAUUAGUGACAGUGCAUUGGAAAAGAAAGGACAAGAUAAUGAAGUUAGAAAAAAAAGAAAAUCCAAAUUAGGGCUUUUCAGACAUAUUUUUUCAAGGAAAUAG